AUGCACGGUCGAUUCCAAUGGGCCCGAGCGCUCAUCGAUCAAGGAUCUGCGUCAUCCUUUAUAACCGAAAAUUUAGUGCAGUCAUUAAGACUUCCGAAAUUAAAUACCGCUGUUAGGGUAACAGGUAUUGGCGAAACGCAGACAAACGUUCGACAUGCCGUUCAUCUAACGAUAACUCCCAGCAACGCGGACACUCCGGUUUAUCGAACCACCGCGUUAAUUUUAAAAUCGUUAACUCGAUAUUUGCCAAACCGUCUCGACAUUCCAGAGCAAUGGCCGCAUUUGAAUGGCCUUUCGUUAGCUGAUCCCGAUCCCGCAGGAUCAGAUCCAAUAGAAAUAAUUAUCGGAGCGGAUCUUUUCGGGUCACUCAUCCUCGACGGCGUUCGAAAAGGCGCGGUUGACGAACCGAUCGCUCAAAAUACCGCGCUAGGCUGGAUCAUAUCCGGACCUAUAGCGCAACUCAGACCGCUCUCGCAGUCGUCCAUUGGAGUACAUCAUUGCUCUGUUACGGAUGAUCUCAAUCAAACUCUCCGCCGAUUUUGGGAAAUCGAAGAAAUUCCCGCUUCAUCGAAAAUAACUAGUGAAGAAAAGGCAUGCGACGACCAUUUUAAUUCGACACACUCUCGAAAUUCUGAAGGUCGCUAUAUCGUCAGACUUCCAUUUAAACACGGACCUCCACUCAACAUUGGAGAAUCUCGACAUUCCGCGCUUCAGAGUUACCUUCGCACGGAAAGCCGCAUUAAAACGGAUUCAUCGAAAUCGUCGGAAUAUCAUAAUUUUUUAAAAGAAUAUUAUGAUCUGAGACACAUGCAACGCGUCUCAGAAACCGAACAAUUAAUCGACUCGAAUCAAAUCGUAUAUAUUCCGCACCAUGCCGUAUUCCGCGCUAACAGCUUAACAACGCGAAUACGUAUCGUUUUCAACGCUUCAAGUCGAACCUCAAACGGUACGUCAUUGAAUGAUCAUUUAUAUCCGGGCCCUAAACUUCAAAAGGACCUUGCUGCAGUGAUUUUGCGUUGGCGCACAUUUCGAUACGUUUAUUCCGCCGACGUGGCAAAAAUGUAUCGCCAAAUUCAAGUCGAUCCUCGCGAUCGUGAUUUCCAGCGCAUCUUCUGGCGGCCAUCUCCAACACAUCAAGUUGAGGAGUAUCGUCUCUGUACCGUAACGUACGGCAUGACUUCAGCUCCGUACUUAGCUUUGAAGGUCAUGAAUCAACUCGCCAUAGAUGAAGGCGCUUCAUUUCCAUUAGCCACAUCCGUUAUCGAUCGUCAAAUGUACGUCGACGACUUUAUCUUCGGCGCCGACGACAAGGUUCUCGCUCGUCAAACUCGCGAGCAGAUUGUUUCUUUUCUCAAAAGAGGUGGAUUCACGCUACGAAAAUGGGCAAGCAACGUGUCCGAACUCCUUGACGAGAUCGAAGAUACCGACCACGGUCUCGCUCAAAGCCGAGAUCUAAACGAAGAUGAGAGCUUGAAAAUUCUCGGUCUUACUUGGCAACCAGAUCGCGACAUCUUCAAAUUUACCAUUACGAUUACAGGGCCUCCUGGCAACACCAAAAGAAGAAUUUUAUCCGACAUCGCCAAAUUCUUUGAUCCACUUGGAUGGGCAACUCCAGUGAUUAUUCGCGCCAAAAUUUUGAUGCAACGACUUUGGAUCGCUAAAUGUGAAUGGGACGAAGUCGCUCCGCCGAAUCUGCUUGAAGCCUGGCAGCAGUAUCAUACUCAUCUUAAACAUCUAGAAGAGGUGAUGAUUCCACGUUGGAUUCAACUCGGCCAUCACGUACUGCAUCUAGAGUUGCAUGGAUUCUCGGAUGCAUCUACCAAAGCAUACGCUGCAGCGGUGUACAUUCGCGUUGUCACGGUGGAUGGAAUGGUCUCGGUCAAUCUUCUUGCCGCAAAAUCAAAAGUCGCUCCUGUCAAAGUAAUGAGUGUUCCGCGACUCGAGUUAUCUGCAGCUCAAUUACUCGCACGGCUCAUUCAUUUCAUUCGCGAAGCUCUCGACUUUCGUGAGGUAAAUGUUUAUUGUUGGACCGAUUCCACAAUUACUCUUGCCUGGCUGAGCCGACCUUCUACUACAUGGAAGACAUUUAUAGCGAAUAGAGUAGCCGAUAUUCACACGCUACUUCCGGACAUUCCAUGGCGUCAUGUCCCAACAAAGGAAAAUCCUGCCGACUGCGCAUCGCGCGGGAUCUCUCCCGACGACCUUGCCACAAACCUUCAAUGGUGGUCAGGUCCCGAUUGGCUUAUUAAAUCUUCCGAUUAUUGGCCAAAAUCUGACUCGGAUUUCGAUCCCCACGCGCUAAGCGAGCAACGCGCGCAACCACAAUCGCUCACUACAUCCGUUGUCGCAUCGUGGGACCUAUCACAACGUUAUUCGUCAUGGCACAAACUCCUUCGAAUAACUGCAUACAUCUAUCGAUUCGUAACGAAUUCCCGCUCUCGACAUAUCAAUCUCAAUCUGAAGAUACAAAACCCUAGAGCUCCGAUCUACCUAAAUCCGAUUGAAAUUAAGUCCGCUGAAAUCUUUUGGAUUCGUUACAUUCAAUCAGAAUUGUUUCAUAGCGAGAUAUCAGCACUCAGUACGGCAACUCCAAUCAAGAAAUCUAGCACACUGCUUUCAUUAAAUCCUUAUCUCGAUAAUGAUCAAAUAAUUCGAGUCGGUGGCAGGCUAAGGAACGCCACCUUACAAAGCGCCGUUCGCAAUCCGAUUGUCCUAAGGACCAUGCCUUGGUCAGGAUGA